AUAAAAAAAAUGGAUCAAUGUACCAAUGGACAUGCCAACAUCAAUCAUGAUAYGACGGACCCAYUGAAUUGGGGUGUCGCUGCGGCGGCGUUAAGCGGAAGCCACCUGGAGGAGGUGAAGAGAAUGGUCGGGGAGUAUCGGAAUACAGUGGUGAGGUUGGGUGGCGAGACGCUGACUAUUGCCCAGGUAGCCGCGGUCGCCACCACCAACGUUCAGGUUCAGCUGUCGGAAUCCGCUCGUGCCGGAGUUACAGCCAGCAGUGAKUGGGUUAUGGAYAGCAUGAAGAAAGGAGGAGACASCUACGGUGUCACMACCGGUUUCGGUGCCACCUCUCACCGGAGAACCAAGGAAGGUGGUGCUCUUCAACAGGAACUCAUUAGAUUCUUGAACGCCGGAAUCUUUGGCACCGGAGCGGAAUCAGAGCACACGCUGCCGCAAUCCACCACAAGAGCCGCCAUGUUGGUCAGAAUCAACACCCUCCUCCAGGGCUACUCCGGCAUCCGAUUUGAAAUC